CUCUCUCUCUCUCUCUCUCCCCCAAGCAAUUAAGAGAGUGGGUUUAUGUGCUUUACUUUGCCCAUACUCCAUAGAGGAGCAGUAGUAAAAUUAGCAACAAGAAUCCCAACAUUAAUUAGUGAAACAAAUGUUUCUCCCACCUCUCCCAAAUCUUUCGCUUUAAUUUCUCUCUUUGGUUUUGGAUUCCCCACUUUAUGCUUGUUAGUUGGUGUUGCUGAGGUAUUUUAGUGGACUUUGUGAGUUUAGAGAGAGAUGAAGCUCCCCAUUUUGGGCCCUCUACUCACAGAUCCUGCAAAUAGAAGAGCAUACUAUUGCAACUUCCACAUUGUGGCUUCUUUCUUCUGCAUAGCUUUUCUUAUUGGGGGUCCCUUCUUUGUCAACAUGCAAGGAAUACCAUCAAGAUGGGGAUCUACUGGGUCUUUGCUAAAUGCAAAAUCUAUACAAUGCAAGAGUCAAUGCAGGCCUCCAGGGACUGAACCACUUCCUCUUGGCAUAGUCAGUAGAAAAUCGAAUCUCGAAAUGACACCGCCGAUACAGGGUUCAGAACAAUCUUCAAAUACAAAGGAUGUAGCAAAAGCAUCUAAGAAUCUACUGGCCAUUGCUGUAGGCAUAAAGCAAAAAAAGGUUGUCGAUCGGAUAGCUAAGAAGUUCUUUUCUUGUAAUUUCACUAUAAUGCUUUUCCACUACGAUGGUGUUGUGGAUGAAUGGGGAGAUUUGCAAUGGAGUGAUAGCGCCUUACAUGUAUCGGGAAUCAACCAAACAAAAUGGUGGUUUGCGAAGAGGUUCUUACAUCCGGACAUAGUUGCAGAGUAUAAUUAUAUUUUCCUCUGGGAUGAGGAUCUUGGAGUCGAACAUUUUCAUCCAGGACGUUAUAUAUCAAUCAUCAAAAAGGAAGGCCUGGAGAUAUCACAGCCUGCUUUAGACAUGGCUAAAUCCGAAGUGCAUCAUCAAAUCACCGCACGCGGGAGGAAAGGAUACGUGCACAGAAGGAUUUAUAAGUCGAGAGGCGGCGGGAGGUGUUAUGAGAACAGCACUGCGCCUCCAUGCACCGGUUGGGUAGAAAUGAUGGCUCCCGUCUUCUCGAGAGCAGCGUGGCGUUGCGUAUGGCAUAUGAUCCAGAAUGAUCUGAUUCAUGCAUGGGGCUUAGACAAGAAGCUCGGUUACUGCGCGCAGGGUGAUCGAAGCAAAAACAUCGGAGUGGUCGAUAGGGAGUAUAUAGUUCAUUUGGGCAUACCGACACUAGGCGGUUUCUCUGAAAACAAGUCAAAUGCUGAAGCAACUGAUCAUGCAUCUCAAGCAGCGGAAUCCUAUGCGGGAAUGGCGUUGCCUCAGGGACCGUAUGGAUUCACCGACAGAUCUGCGAUACGGCGGCGUUCUUACGCAGAACUGAUAAUGUUUCAGAAAAGGUGGAAAAGAGCAGUAGCUGCUGCUGAUUGCUGGAAUGAUCCAUACCCAGAAACUGAAAAGGAAUAAACCAAAAAGAACACUACUUAAACUUUACGAGAUUACAUAAACACGAAAUUCGUUGUUGUGAAAUAUGAUCAAUGAGUCGAAUCGGUCGGUCAUAUAUAGAUUUACCAAUUAGAGAACAACGAAAGCUUUUCGAUUCAUUAACCAGAUGGUUUCUUUAGGCUAUUUGACAUAGUACGAUAAGAAAAUAUUUUAUUUGUUUCUGUACAUAGUAUCGCGUUCAAUAUAUUACAAUGGGUCGUCUGUGAUCUCACCAGAAAACGUAGAAGUAUAUUUCUGUAUACUUUCGCUUUCCAAGUCCAUGUUCACAUUAAGAUUGGUAAAAUGUUAUGUAUGCUCUUCAACUGCAGCUUAUUUAAGCUUA